AUGUAUAAUGAUAAAGUAGAAUUCAUUUACUUCACUGAAAGAGAUGAUUUUGAUAAAGAUCAUAAAAUUAAUAGCAAUUUAUAUCCAUAUUCUAAAGAAGGAUAUUCAUUACUUGAAUUAUGUUGUUCCCACGGGGCAGUUGAUUGUUUCAAGUUAUUAAGAUCUAAAUUUAAGUCAGAAAUAACUCAAAAAUGUCUACAAUUUUCAUUUUUAGGUGGAAAUCCAGAAAUCAUGAGUGAAUGCUUUAAAUAUCAAGAGCCAGAUGAAGAAUGCAUGAAAUAUGCAAUUAUUUCACAUAACAUUGAUUUUGUGACAUUUUUGAUGAAUGAAUACAAUAUCGAGAUCGAUUUAAGAAUUUGUGGACUUUACAAAAAUCUUGAAUGCUUUUUAGUUUAUUUCGAUCAAACUAAUGAUAUAAACAAAUGCUUUGUUUAUUCACCUAUUUUUAAUAUUCGAUCCCUUAUCGAAUACUUCCUUUCACAUGGUGCGAAUAUCAAUGAAAAAGAUGAAAAUGGAGUAACAGCACUUCAUUAUGCAGCAGAAAAUAAUAGUAAAGAAACUGCAGAAGUUCUUAUAUCGCAUGGUGCAAAUAUCAAUGAAAAAAAUAAAAAUGGAGUAACAGCACUUCAUUAUGCGGCAUUGAAUAAUAGUAAAGAAACUGCAGAAGUUCUUAUAUCGCAUGGUGCAAAUAUCAAUGAAAAAGAUGAAAAUGGAGUAACAGCACUUCAUUAUGCGGCAUUGAAUAAUAGUAAAGAAACUGCAGAAGUUCUUAUAUCACAUGGUACCAAAGAAUAA